GCUCUCUCUCUCAGGGCAGCGGGGCGGCUCGCACAUCGCGUCACUUUGCGGCCGGUGGAUUCCUCGCAGCUCCAUUUUUCAUCUUCUUCUCCUCUCGAUAUCCAUCACGCAACUCUCGACGAAUCUCGACUCAGCUCUUUUCACUCACGAAGAGCAGAGUCACAUCGUCGUUGCAUCGUAGUCGUAGCCCAACAUGGCGACGCCACAAGCAGCAGCGGCCUCGAACCAUCGUCCAGAGCCAGCUGAUUUCCAAUCCCUCAACGAGCUACUCGCUCAACGAAAGGGCGAGCAACUUCCUGAUGACGCUGCGGAGCUUGCUCGCGCCCUCGCAUCCCGAUGGCUCACCAAGGCCGUCGUCAAGCCAGUCACCGUCGACUUGGUCACUUCAUUCGCUGUGCAAGAGCUUGUAGCAGUUGAUGGAGACGCUCUCCUCUCCCUCUGCUUCGACUACGCAGCCAGCCUCACCGGCACAGACAGCCACAAGCAGUUGGGCAGCCACCCAAUCACCCUCAUCUUCAUCCUCGAGCAAGUCCUCGCGAGACUGCGCGGCGCUCACCUCUUUUUCAAGAUCGUAUGGUUCCAAGACCGAGCCUCCGUUGGCACCGCAGCAUCCUCCAGCUCGUCAGCCUGCGAAACCGCCUCUCGCCGCUUCAUCCGCUCAGCGGUACGAGCCCAUCUCGACAGCCUUGAUCUUGUGCAGGACACUUUCCCUAGCAUUGACAGCGAUGAGUGGCGAUCAUGGCUCAACCUCGAGCGACCCUACGCUAUCCUCACGACCGACGGCUCGCAAGGCGGCAGCGGCCUGCGCGAGGCCAGAGAUACCCUUGCUUUGGCUCAGCAUCUCGGUGGCGGGUUCAAGGGAGACUCAUACGCCGUAUCUGUCGUGCUGAUGGACAAGGCUAUGUUUCACGACCACAAGAUAUUUGCCUUCCUCAUCGAGACUGGGCCCCUUAUCUCGCACGCGGUCAAGCUGCAGAGCGAGCACUACCAGACACUGGCAUUCAAGCUGGCUGAGGAGCAGCCCAAGGGGGCAGAGACUGCGUCAUUGCCUGCGCCCCCAUCAGGCAUUGCCGAUUUGACCCUCGCAGAGCAAGUCGCUCUCGCUACCAGCCAGAACUCGCAGGCUGAGCAGUCUCAUCGCAUUGCCCUCAUUCUGGCUGCGGUCCUCAUCGCACGCAUCCCUCUCUCACAGCGCGCUCUCAAGCUCGACGCCACCUCAGUGCCGGACGCUGCGUCGCACUUCCUUGCAGCAGCCUACGAUGCAGGCGUACAGCUCCUUGCCACCUUCAAAGGUGCUGCAGCAAGCGUCGACAUCAUUGACCCUCGCCUCUUUGCCUUCCUGGCGACCAACCUCGGCUCUGUGGCCUCCGAUCUUCCCAAUGAUGUUCUGAGCCGUGCCCAGGAGCUGGCACAGAAAGUCGGCAUCAGCGGCGUGCCCUCGGGCGGCAAAGAAAGCAGCAGCGACGCUCAGCCUACUGCGACCGGCAGCCAAGCCAAGCUACUGCCGUACAACCCCUCGGCGAAGCUUGACCUGCCACAACUACCCACCUCACCCAAUGCUGCCGCUAUCUCUGAGCAAUCGACAUUCAUUCCCUACGUCACUGCCGCCAUCGAGCGAGCGCAGCUGGCUCUGUCGAGCACCUUCAGUCAAUACAAGCGCUCGUCAAAGGAAAAGGUCGCUCGCGACGCACACGGCCGCAUCAUCAACAAGCUGGCCUCGCGUCGCUUCAAGGCCGACCAGCGAUACGCCAACACCAUUACUUUGUACGCGCAGAGCUUGCUGGGAUCGGCGGGUCUCAUUCGUCAGGUCAUCACCGAGGGCGUGCAGAACGCUUCUGUCGUGGUCGACAAGAAGCAGCUCGCUGCCGGCAAUGGCAAGGAGCAGAGUGGCAAAGACAAGAAGGCGGGCAAGGCAGCUGAUACUGGUAAGAAGUUAAGCAAGAAGGAGCAGAUCAUUGCCCAGAAUCAAGCGCGCAAGUCGGACAAGGCUUCCGCAUCUGUUGAGAGGAAGCUCACUUACCUUCUCGAGGAGCUUGAGAUUGGGCCUGCUGUUAGCAAGUUCGACAGCGCCGAUUCAGAGCUUCUCGCAGAGCGACGACGCCUCUUGCCUGCUCUUCAGCCGUACAUCGCAGGCGCUGCGUCAGCAGAGGCUGCCCGUGACCUUCGCCUCCUCAAGGUCAGACUCGCACUGGAAGGCUGGGUCUGCGCAUGCACCAUCGAAAAGAAGGACGACGCCUUCGAUCUCGCCGUCACUGCUUUCACGGAAGUCGGCCAGAUCCUCUCCAUUACCCCUGCCUCAGGCUUCAGCACCCAUGAGCGUGCCCUCUUGACUUCUUGCGGACAGGCUUUGCGCGUCCUCGGCUUGCAGGGCGUAUACGGUCCUAGUCAUGCCGGUCUUGAGGCUGUAUGGGACGAGGUCGAGGAGAAGAAGGGCAAGCCCGCCAAGAAGGGAGAGUUUCCAUUUGACGUCAACUGGCCUCGUGCCUCGAAGAAGUACACCGUCGGCGAUCCCAUCGACUUCCAGCUGUCGCACUGCGGCGACGUCAUGGAGAGGCAGCUCGACUCCAAGGCUGACCGUCGUGUGGCCACCUUCAAGCCUGACGGAUGGCAGCGUAAAGUCCUCGACGCUGUCGACGCGCGUGACAGUCUGUUGGUCGUGGCGCCCACCAGUGCUGGUAAGACGUUCAUUGCCUUCUACGUCAUUGAGAAAGCCUUGCGCGAGAGCAGCGAUGCUGUCGUCGUCUACGUGGCACCGUCGAAGGCCCUGGUCAACCAGAUCGCCGCAGAACUCGAGGCUCGCUAUUCAAAGAACUACGGCGCGCUCGAGAGGAGCAUCUGGUGCAUCUCGACCGGGGAAUUCGAUGUGCACAAUCCACUCAAGGCGCAAGUCCUUGUUGCCGACCCCUCAGUGCUCCACAAGAUGUGCCUCUCGAGCGAUGUGGCCGGCUCGUGGCUUCCUCGCGUCAAAGCCGUCAUCGUCGACGAAGUGCACACUCUCACGGACAAGGAGCACGGACCCACACAGCAGCAGCUCCUUGCCCUCGUCCCUGCUCCCAUCAUCGCUCUCUCGGCUACAGUGGGCAACGUCGGCGAGUUCGGUGACUGGAUGGGCAAGAUCCGCGCUCGUCAUGGCCAAAAGCUGAGCGUCAUCGAGCACCCAACACGAUACAGCGACUUGAAGAAGCAUGUAUUCCUUCCGCCCAAGAGCGAGGGAACGAGCGAGAGCUUCAAGGGCGUGACGAAGCCCCUCGACACAAAGUCAAUGUUCCGCCACCUGCACCCCUUCUCCGCUCUGCGACCCCUGGGCGCAUCUCUUCCCUCUGAUCUCGAGAUGACCCCAGCCGAGCAGCUCCAGCUGGUGCGCAAGAUGCAAAAGUACGCCAACCCCGAGGCAGGCUACGCAAUCGGCGAGGAUUUGGACCCGCAGACCUUCUUCGGCGACAUCGUUGGCCCGCUUGCCCGCUCGCACACGCUUAAAUACCAGGCAGAGCUGCGCAAGGUCACGCUGAGCUGGAUGUCACAGCCGAACAGCCGCGCCCCCGGCUCGCCUUUCAUCAAGGUCAUUGACGCCCUCGAGGGCAACUUGACCUCCAAGCUGGACGCAGCGGAUUCAGCACGCGUGGGGGGCAUCUCUCACCUCGACUUCCACAAGGAACACCUUCUGCCCCUUCUUGCCGGCCUGCAUCAAUCCGUAGGUCUGCCAGCCAUUUGCUUCAACUUCGACCGUGACAUCGUGGAGACGCUCGGUCGUCACGUCAUCGAGACCCUGACCAGCGGCGAGGCGCACUUCAAGGGCACCAACAAGACAUGGCUCGCGAAAGUGGCAGAGUGGAACGCGUGGCAGGACGAUGAGCCCGCCAGGAAGAAGGCGGAUGAGAAGCGACUCAAGGCCAUCAAGGGGCGCGAGGAGGCCGAGGCGCUCAAGAAAGAUGCGCAGAAAAGUGACGCCGGAUGGCAGGCCAGCUUUGAUCCCGAGGCCCCGCUGCCGGACUACACUUUUGCAAACGAGAAGUGCGGUCUCGCCCUCGAGGACGUUGGACCUGAGGCCAACUCGCUUCCAAACGUCGAGCAAUACCUCAAGGACGGUCUGAUCCGCGGUGUGGCGAUCCAUCACUCAGGUAUGCCCCUCCGAUAUCGUCAGACCGUAGAGCGCUGGUUCCGCAAGGGCUGGCUGCGCGUUGUCAUCUCGACAGGCACGCUGGCAUUGGGUAUCAACAUGCCGGCCAAGACCUCCGUCUUCGUCGGCGACCACGUCGAGCUGAAUGCCCUGCAAUAUCGCCAAGCCGCAGGUCGAGCAGGUCGUCGUGGUAUGGACCUGGCGGGAAAUGUCUUCUUCUACGGCAUUCCUAUGAAGAAGAUCCAGCGUCUCCUCACCUCGCGUCUCCCCUCGCUGGACUGUGACUUCCCCUCUUCUGCCACGCUCAACUUGCGAUUGCACUCCCUCCUCUCCGGCGGAGAGGCAGGCUCAAAGCAGGUGGGCGAGAAGAUGCUCAGCAGCGUUCUUGGACUGGAAGUUCCGCCCACCCGAGAGCAGGAGAUGCCCCUUGUCCACCAAUUCAGGGCUUCAGUCGAGUUUCUCCGCCGUUUCGGGCUUAUGUCCUCCGCUGGCGAGCCUUUGGCCCUCUCCGGCCUUGCUGGGCAUCUGGCGACCGAAGAGCCUGCGAACUUGGCCUUCCUGGAGCUGCUCCGCAGCGGGUGCUUGUACAAUAUCGCCAUGUCCGCUGAGGCGGACAGGCCGGCUGCGGUGGAUGAGUUCGUAACGGUGUUGAGCCACCUCUUCGCGAGCCGAGCGGUCAGCCCUACGAGCAGGUAUGAGGGUGGAAAGGAUGCGCUUCCGCCGCUGUCCGAGGAGCCGAGAAAGGUCAUUGAGAAGCUGGCGCAACAGGCCAAGGCCGCAUUCGUUGACUACGCUUCGAGCGUGGCGGGCGAGGAUGCGGUGGAAGCGAAGAAGGAUACCCUGCCCUACUCUCAGCGCACACUCGGCGGCAGCGACAAGUCAGCGGGCUCUGCUUUCUCCGGCUCUGCGCUGCCACACAACAUCCGCUCCUCCUACCUUGCCCCCUCCGGGCUCAACGAUUCCUUCACCUCAUCCGGUCCUUCUCUCAGCGACGACGUCCUCUUCACCAUCCGCUCGGGCUUGCGUCUGACUCCCGGUGUGGUUCCCGACUUCGGUCGCCUGCUGGACGAUGCUCGUUCCCCUCGCAAUUCGUACAUCCUCGACUUCUUCAAGUGGGGCAGUCUGGAGGCCAUGACAACCGUCAACGGUAUCCCUGCAGGGGAGAGGUGGUACGUGCUGCGUGACUUCUGGCAGACUCUCACCUCGCUGCGUAGCUGCUUGGAGCUCAUCCUCAAGACGGGAGCAAAGGCACAGGCUCAAGGCCUCACUGCAGCGAACAGCGGCGAGAAGGCCGGCAAGGCCGGUGCCGCAAAGAAGGGCGGCGCAAGCAAUGGGGCCGCGUUGGACUCAUGGGAGUUUGAUCCGCCUGAGAUCGAGACCUACCAAGGGUACGACGACGGCGAGGGCAACGACAAGGACGACAUUGAUGAGCGCAGUACGGCCUACGAGUACAAGACGGACUCGGGUGUGGCUGGUUCCCAGCUCAGCGGUGGCGGUGCCCGCGCCCUGUCUGGGCCGGCAGUGCACCGUGCUGGUCAGCUGAGGACGCGAUCGGGCAAGGUGAUGGAGCCGAUCGCCCCACCCAUCGAGCUUCCCGCUGAGCUCACCCACCCGCAGCUCUACGCGGUCUACAAGCUGUUGUGGGACGUCAUGGACCGUUACUACUCGUUCUACGUGCCCACUUUCGCGUAGUACCGCUAUGCUUCUGUCGUGUGUAGAAGCUGUGGUCUAUCAAUUUCCUUGUUUCCUCUUGUUUUCAGUAGAUGUCUUUCUCAAAAGCGACUCGUUCAAUCAAAACUCAAGCUUUCGGCAGCGUGAUCCGUCCUCCCGGGACACAAUCGGGACACCGCCUUGUACUUUGAAAGGAGCAUCAUUCCGGAUUGCGGCAAUGAAGAGCGGUCCUCUUCCAUUCGUCGGUGCCCUGCUGCUCCCUCAAGCCUCAGGAUCAUAUGCUUUCUUUGCUAGCAAGAAGCAAGACAAGCUUUAAAUGAACGCAAAGCGUGGAGGACUGCGUGAUUUGGCUUGGCCCGAGCGUGAGAAGAAAGCGGCCGCGAAGUGGAUUUGAGACGGACCCUGAUUGACGGGCGUGAAGACGGCCGCUGA